AUGUAUUACGUUGGAUUCUUUCAUAUACAACAUAGAUUCCUACAUAGAACGAUCAUAUUGUCGUAUAAUCUUACGUUUCGCUGGUUAAACUUCCAUGAUUAUUUCAUGGGGGUAUUCAUACGAUAAAAGGUUGUAUCAAUCAUUUGAAAUAUCCAUACUACUAAAUCGCAAGACAUAAUAUAAUUUUGAUCGAUUUGGUGGCAAAUGGUAAUAUAUUUGCAAAGGUACCGUUUUCUCAAGGUACUUCAAUGUGGGAUUAAACAAGCAUCGAGUUUAACGAUAAUGCCAAAUAGAUAUCUUCAGACACCACCCAAGAAAAAAUUGAAAACAAUUACGGCCACUAUCAAUUCAACCAAUAACGUGACCAUAUCCAACAAACAUAACCUCAACGACGCCAGCACUGUUUUUGCUGACAUUAUGGAAAUCGAAAAUCAUAAUGAAGACAUUCUACGUGGCGUAGCAACGAUGUCGUCAAUUAAAGUCACCUAUCUGGACGUACCUGUUAAAUCAGAAAAUGAUAAAAAAGAUUACAGGGUGAUCCAACUGGAAAAUGGUUUGAUAGCCUUGUUGAUUUCGGAUAUGCAUACUCCAGAUUCUCAAGACUGCAGCAGUGACAUAAAAGUGAAUGCAAUACCUAGCGACAGUGAGGGCGAAGAAGAUGAAGAAGAUGAAGAAGAUGAAGACGACGAAGAAGAUGAAGAAGAUGAGGAGACUAACUGCGAGGAAGACGAAGAAGAUGAACAUUCGGAAGACGAUGGAUCGGAUAAAAAGGAUUUAUCUACUCAUAAAAAACGGCUGAAGAGAGAAGAGAGACUGGCUGCUUGUGGCUUAUCCGUGGGUGUAGGAAGCUUCAGCGAUCCUCCGGAAAUUCCUGGUCUUGCGCAUUUUUUAGAGCAUAUGGUCUUUAUGGGAUCCAAAAAGUAUCCUCAGGAGAAUGAUUUUGAUGCAUUUAUCGAGAAAAGGGGAGGUUCGGACAAUGCUUCUACCGAUUGCGAAUUAACAACAUUCUACUUUGCGAUACAAGAGAAGCAUCUUUUAUCUGCUCUCGACCGAUUUGCUCAAUUUUUUAUCGAACCUUUGAUGAAAAAGGAUGCUAUAAACAGAGAACGAGAAACCGUAGAAAGCGAAUUCCAAAUGGCCUUACCUUCCGACGUAUGCCGAACAGAGCAAAUGUUUUGUAGCUUUGCAAAACCAGGCCAUCCGGCAACAAAAUUCAUGUGGGGCAAUCUGAUAACAUUGCGCGACAAUGUAGACGAUGAGAAGUUGUACGAGGAGCUACACAAGUUCAGGGGACGCCACUAUAGUGCUCAUAGAAUGAAACUUGUCGUGCAAGCUAAACUGUCAUUGGACGUGUUGGAAGAUUAUGUAAAACAAUGUUUUUCGAAUAUACCGAAUAAUGGAUUACCCUCGAACGAUUUUACAGCAUUCAAAGGAGUAAAUUCCUUCGAUACACCGAGUUUUCGAAGAAUUUAUAAAAUUAAGCCUGUGAAAGACGUUUGCAAGGUGGAAUUAACGUGGGUAAUGCCACCGUUGCACGACAUGUACAAAAGUAAACCACACGAGUACGUGUCGCAAGUGAUCGGACAUAAAGGAAAAGGCUCUCUGAUGAGUUACUUAAAGAAAAAGAUGUGGUGUCUGAACAUUUGCAGCGAAGUGGAGGAAAGUGGUUUUGAGCACAGUUCUAUGUAUUUGUUGUUCGGUUUGUCGCUCAAGUUGACCGAGCAGGGAUGCGAGCAUCUGCAGGAAGUACUGAACGCUGUAUUCUCCUAUAUUAAUAUGGUGCGUAGGGAAGGACCUCAAAAACGAAUGUACGACGAGAUGCAUAAGAUAAGGGAAAUGAGUUUCAGAUACGAAGACGAAGAACCACCAGCCGUUAAUGUGGUAGAUUUAUGCGAGAACAUGCAUUAUUAUCCGCCUCGAGACUAUAUAACCGGUAACAAUUUGUAUUUUGAAUACAAACCCGAAGCUAUACAAGCGUGCAUGAAUUAUUUGACUCCGGACGACGUGAACAUAAUAAUUUUUGAUAAGAAAUUCAACGACGAAGAAUUUGAGAAAAUCGAGCCGUGGUUCAAAACCAAAUACACCGAUACAGAGAUACCGGAAGAAUGGAUAGAGUGUUGGCGCACCAUAGACCCAUUCCCCGAGUUUCAUUUAGCAUUGCCAAAUAUUUUCCUUAUCGACGAUUUCAGUCUCGUACCCCUGCCAGCAGAGGUUCCCAAAUACCCCACAAAAAUCUAUACGGAUCAAGUGAGCGAAAUCUGGUACCGACCCGAUCCUAGAUUUCGAUUGCCCGAAUGCUACAUGAAUUUUUACAUUAUAUCACCCGUAGGAACAUACUCGCCCAAGAGCGCUGCCAUGAUGGACUUGUUUGUUUCGAUAUUGGGACAAUUAAUGACAGAACAACUGUAUCCCGCGAUUGGCGUAAACUUAAAUUAUGAAAUCUACACGAGAGACAAAGGAAUCGUUUUGAAAGUGAGUGGAUUCAAUCAAAAAGUGCCGUUAGUGUUAUUCACCAUUGCAAGGUAUAUUGCCGAAUAUUCAACGCUGAUAACGGAAGAAUUAUUCAACGUUAUGAAGAAAGAAGUAAUUAAAGGCUAUUACAAUAAAUUCUUGCGGCCGAACGAGCUAGUGGACGACGUGAGGCUGUCUAUUUUGCUGCUGGUUCAUUGGUCAAUGAAUACCAGACAUAUGGCUAUCAGCGACGUCGAGUUUCAAGAGUUCAAACAUUUCGCCGAGCACUUGACCGACCACAUUUACAUCCAAAGCCUGGUGCAGGGAAACAUGAGCAAGGACGAGGUUGUCAAGAAUGUGAACAAUUUCGUUGGAAUACUGAAAUGCGGACCUUUACUGCCCAACACUAUGCCACAGAUCAGGGUCACCCAAAUACCCGUGGGCUCUCACUAUUGUAUAGUAAGGAACUUUAAUAAGACCGAUGUGAACUCUGUCGUGACAAAUUAUUAUCAGUCUGGUGUAACAUCCACGCAAUUAUCAGUGAUAAUUGAACUUCUGAUUACGAUCAUGGAGGAACCGCUGUUUCAUCGGCUGAGAACCGAAGAACAACUCGGCUACGGCAUCUUCUGUCUCGACACGGAUACUUUCGGCAUUCUCAGCUAUUCCAUUACGGUCUGUUCCCAAGCGGAUAAGUACUCUACGGAAUACGUGGACGGCAGGAUCGAGGCUUUUUUAAAAGCCUUCAAAAAGAUUCUGGACACGAUGACACCGAACGAGUUCGAUACCGUGAAAGAAGCAUUCACCAAGCAGAAGCAGUGCGCCGACAUUAGCUUAGAGGAAGAAGUUAACAGAAAUUGGUCAGAGAUCGCGACGGGCGACUACAUGUUCGAUAGAAUCGAAAGACAGAUAGUCGCGAUAGAGGACAUCGAAAUCAAACAACUCAGAGAAUGGAUCAAUUGCCAUACGAUCGAUGGCAGUAAUUUUAGAAAGCUGAGCGUUCACGUGGUUGGAACCUCGAAGACCGAAAAGGAAAGCAACGGGAUUGUUCGCUCGCGUGACAGAAAAGAAAACGCCGAUUCAGAGAUGGAAAAAACCGAAAACGUAAAGUACCCGCUCAGUUAUAUUCUCCGACCGGAGUGUGAGAAUGACACGUGUCCAAUGAAUUACAUUACCGACAUACAGGAAUAUAAAAGCCGACUGUACAGUUACCCUAUACGGUAUGGUGUCUCGUGAUACGAAGCACCACUGAAUUUAAUAUACGUGUAUACAAAGAGACAUGUUUAUCGAAUUUGUUCAUAGUAAGAGCGCGAGGGUAUUGCGAACUGUUGCAUGUCGAUGCAAUUGUAUACAGUUAAGCUUCUAGGGAAAGAUGGUUGGAGAAUGUAGAAUGUUAAAGAGACGAAACCAUGAUGAUGAAACAGGAGCAAGAUCAUGUUUAUCUGUUUUUUAUGUAGUUCUUUUAAUCGUAUUCAAGACAUGACAACACGUUUCAAUAAAUCAUUGUUAACUUCUGAAAA